AUGGAUACUGCUGAUCAAGAAAAGCAAUCGAGUGAAAUUGAACCAACAACAGAAGAACUUCAUACUUUACAACAUAUUUCUGAUCAUAUUCCGUUAACUGCAUGGAUGAUUAUUCUUUGUCUCCUCUGUGGAUCGUUUGCUUUUUAUGGUGUAUCUGGACCAUUUCAAAACUAUAUUCAGUUUCCUGUACCUGGCUCAAAUGGUACACAACCAGGUGCACUUAAUCGUGGUCAUCAAACUGCAACAUUAUUAACAACAUUAUUUAGUUUUUUCUGUAAUAUUAUCCCCAUCGUUGGUGCUAUUGUUGCUGAUCAAUUCUGGGGAAAAUAUAGAACAAUAUUUAUAUCAUGUAUUAUUUAUAGUGUUGGCCUCUCUGUACUUGUUGUAUCAAGUAUACCAGCAUCAAUUAAUGCUGGAACUGCACUACCAGGUCUGAUUGUUGCAAUGAUUAUAAUAGGCAUGGGUACAGGAGGUGUCCAAAGUAAUGCCAUUUCUCUGAUGGGUGAACAGUAUACAAGAAAAACACCUAUAGUUAAAGAAACUAAAGGUAAAAAGAAGAUAGUCCAUCCACAAGUAACAAUUCAAUCACUAUUCAAUUGGUUGUAUUGGGCAAUGAAUUUAGCUUCAUUAUCUUCGUUAUUAACGACUAAUGUUGAAAAAUAUCAUUCAUUUUGGCUUGCAUAUUUGAUACCAUUGAUUGUCUUUAUGGGUGCAAUCAUAGUUCUAUUAGUUGGUCGUCAGCGUUAUAUACGAGCACCACCAAAUGGUUCAUUACUUAUUCAGGCAUUUCGUGUCAUCAAAAUAGCUUUUCGACUACGAUGGAAGUUAGGUAAACAAGAUCAUAUCAAACAUAUUCUCGACUAUGCAAAACAAGCACAAACAUCUGAUGAAACAACAGAAACUAAUGAAAAAAUGAAUGAAUUUAUUGAUGAUCUUAAACAAGCUAUGCAUGCAUGUCGAGUAUUUGCAUUUUAUCCAUUUUAUUGGAUAUGUUACAAUCAAAUGAAUAAUAAUUUAACAUCACAAGCUGCACAAAUGAACGUUGGUCUUUUACCAAAUGAUAUUUUACAAAAUAUUGAUCCACUUGUAUUAAUUAUAUUCAUACCAAUAUUUGAAAAAGUAAUUUAUCCUUUGUUAAGACGACUGAAUAUUAACUUUAAACCUAUACUACGUAUUACUUGUGGUUUUAUUGUUGCUUCACUUGCAAUGGCAUGGACUGCUAUUGUACAACAUCUAAUUUAUUCAACUGGACCAAACUAUUCUUUUACUCCUCAACCUUGUUCCACAUGUCAAAAGUUUAAUAAUAUAACUGUUGCUUGGCAGAUUCCAUCCUACUUUUUAAUAGCAAUAUCAGAAAUAUUUGCAUCUAUAACAGGUUUAGAAUAUGCAUUUACCCACGCACCACCAUCAAUGAAGUCUAUUGUAAUGUCAUUUUUUUUAUUUACAUCUGCUAUUGGUAGUGCACUUAAUUUUGCACUUAUACCUGUAACAGUGGAUCCAAAGCUGUUAUGGAUGUAUACAUCAUUAUCAAUUGUUGCAUUUAUAAUUGGCAUUAUAUUUUAUGUUACAUUCCGAAAUGAUGAUAUAGAUCGAAAUCGUGUAGCACCUGAAGAAACACUAGCAAAUCCUCCAAUACGAGCAGAUAUAUAA